UUUUGGACCUCUUUUUCUGGUAUAUAAUAUAAUGGCUCUUCUUCCCAGAAAUCACUAACUUGGACAUUGUAUCCAUUAUUUUGGCUGAGAAAAGAUAAGUUAGCCAUGUCUCAACCUUACUGUGUGAGGGAGAACAAGCUGUGCGUUGGGUGGGUUCAGAGAUACUUCAAAGACUGUCUUUGCAGUCUAAGAGAUGAUUUCUCUUUUGGUUUCGGAAUUAUCAGUUUAGUGUGCUGGGGAGUUGCAGAAAUCCCUCAAAUCAUCACCAACUUCAAAACCAAGUCCGGCCAUGGCGUUUCCCUCCUUUUUCUCCUUACCUGGGUUGCUGGUGAUGUGUUCAAUCUUAUCGGGUGUCUUCUGGAACCUGCGACAUUGCCGACUCAGUUCUACACAGCUCUGCUCUAUACAAUAAGUACAGUGGUUCUGGUGCUGCAAAGUGUAUACUAUGACUAUAUCAGCAGGUGGUGGAAAUGUAGAGGGAUGAAAACCAAAAGCAUGGUUGAAGACGAGAAAGAGCCUUUGAAACCUGGAAAAGAUGAGUCGGGAAUUCCCAUACCUAAGGCAGAGGGGAGAACCCAUCAUCGAAGGGAGUUCUAUUACACGUUGGCCCGAUCUCUGGCUGGUAGUGGCACUCCACCUUUUCGAACAUAUAUGAGGGUAGCUAGAAGUGGUCCUUCCGCUAUGGCACUUGAGAAUGGUUCGUCAUCUGAAGAUGAAUCGGGUCCGGUUUUGUCCCAUAAGUCCAGAACUCGACCUCGGCCGAUUCCGGGAGUGGCUGCAAGUUAUGGUACAUUUUUAGCUGCAUCAGUCAACUUGCCACUAGGAAGUAAGGCUUCGAUGGAAGUCAAAACUGGUUUUACCAAUAGAAGACUGCUACAGGAACACAGUAUGGAGCAUAGUGCUUUUGGACAAUGGCUGGGAUGGCUAAUGGCUGCCAUAUACAUGGGAGGUCGAAUCCCUCAGAUAUGGUUAAAUAUCAAAAGAGGCAGUGUGGAGGGCUUGAAUCCUCUCAUGUUCAUCUUUGCACUGACGGCCAAUGCUACUUACGUGGCGAGCAUUGUGGUGAGAACCACUGAAUGGGAAAGCAUUAAGGCUAACAUGCCAUGGUUGCUGGAUGCUGUAGUUUGCGUGGCACUCGACUUAUUUAUCAUAUUUCAGUACAUUUACUACAAAUAUUUCAGAGAGACAGUGACCAGUGAUGGAGAAGAUUAUGGACACUACGCGGUAGCAAGUAAAGGAGUUAAGCCUUGAUUUUAAGUUUCCAUAUCAGCUAAAUGCCUUGAUAAGUACAUGGUUGUCGUGUAAGCUUAUGUUUAUGCAUGAUCACUGGUUUUUAUCUGCAAAUUUUGAAAAUUUUGUCUCUUUUAUCU